GAACCCUCUAAUUAAGAGAGAUCAACAUGACUGACCAAGAGAACAGCCCAGAUCAGAGCCACACGGCAUCAUCACUAAAUGGUAUUGACUCUGGUCAAAAUGCAGCUGGUGUGUCCAAUCUUCAGUCAAUACAAACUGUGACAGUCACUGGGAAUGUUCAGGAUUUUAAAGAUAUCCAACACCCUGUACAAGACCCCGAAGAACAACUAGAAGGAUUGCAACCACAGGAAACACCACAAGAUGGUGUGGAUCACACCUUACACCCACACCUGCUUCCUGAAAAUAUCAAAUUCUCAAUAGAAGUUGAAAGUGAUUUAGCUCUACAUUCCAGUGAUGAGUAUCAAGAUCUUCAUCCACAUGGGCUGUAAACAACUAUUAUUGGCAUCUUUCUCUUUC